AGAAUAGAGGGGAGCGUCACUCCAGUAAACUUCCCGAAUCCCCUUCUUCAGUUGGGGACUCCCAUCACACAUACUGAAGUUCUUGCCAAACCAAAAAAUCUACCGCUCUCUCACGUCUAUCUCCCCUUUGCAUAACGAUCGAUUAGAAGAGGAAAUUUGAUAUUUCAAAAAAAAAAAAAAAAAGAAGAGGAAAUUUGAGGUUUUAUUCUUUUUGUUGGCGAAAGCCCAUGGAAGGAGCGGAGCAGUGGAAGAUUCAAUUGGAGCAGUGGAAGAAACAACUGGAGCCGUGGAAGACUCAACUGGGGCAAUGGUUGAACCAAGGGUUCGAACAUAUUCAUCAGAUUCCACCAACGCAGCUCUACGCUGCUGUCGCCGUCUUGUUAUUCACGACCCUUUUGCUCCUACUCAUUCGGGUGCUCAAACGUGCGAAAUCGAAUACCAUUGUGCUCACUGGGCUUUAUGGGAGUGGAAAAACAGUUCUCUUUUAUCAACUUCGGGAUGGCUCUUCCCAUCAGGGUACUGUUACAUCAAUGGAACCAAAUGAGGGUACUUUUGUGCUCCACUCCGAAACAGCAAAGGAGGGAAAAGUAAAACCUGUUCAUCUGGUUGAUGUUCCUGGUCAUUCUCGUCUUCGACCCAAACUAGAUGAGUUCUUGCCUCAAGCAGCAGGAAUAGUUUUUGUGGUGGAUGCUUUGGAAUUCUUACCGAACUGUCGUGCUGCUUCAGAGUACCUGUAUGAUAUCUUGACUAAGGCAAGUGUUGUGAAGAAGAAAAUUCCAGUACUCCUUCUAUGCAACAAAACUGACAAAGUGACAGCACAUACAAAGGAGUUUAUCAGGAAACAGAUGGAGAAGGAAAUUGACAAAUUAAGGUCAUCAAGAAGUGCAAUAUCAGCAGCUGACAUUGCAAGUGACUUCACACUUGGGGUACCUGACGAAGUAUUUUCUUUCUCUCAGUGCCAUAACAAAGUUACUGUUGCAGAAGCUUCUGGUUUGACUGGUGAGACAUCUGAAGUGGAACAGUUUAUCAGGGAACAUGUAAGGCCAUAAAAGGAUGUUUUCUCCAAUUUCUUCGAAGCGUAAUGUUUUUGCUUUUAGAGCUUGCUUGAGUGUUGCAUGCUGUUUGGAAGAGCUCUAGGACGCUGCAGACACCCAAUUGAGCUUGAAGAGGAGAGAAAAAAAAGAGAGGAGGAAAAUGUGGGAGGAUCUUAUUCGGAGAGCGAAUUUACUUGGAGACAAUAACAGACACUAUUGCAUAUGAUGAAAUUAUUUUGUUUUAAAAGAUCUUCAAUUGUAAUCUUGCCUCUGCAACCUCGCAAACUGGUUAUUGGCUAAUUGCCUGACCUUCUGAUUGCAUUUGCAUUGUCCAUGGUCUUUCAUA